CACUAAACUAGAAUAGCGCGUCUGUUUGUAAAUAGAUCCUAAAAAUUGUUUAUAAUUUAAAAAUCCCUAAUAAAAGGCCUUUCGAAAUAGAGCCAUGGAACUGGACCAAUAUGCAUACAACUUGAAGUAUUUUAAUUUCAACGCCCUACAAGUUUCAGCAGAAAGGGAGUACCUAGUGCGGGAAGUGGCCAGGAAAGUCGUGGGUCAUGCCAUUAAACAAAUCGGAACUCCAGCAACCUCUUCUUUAUUAGAAGCUCAGAAAGAAACAGUGGUGGAGUGCAUUGUUAAGUCCUGCAGUAAUAAAAUAAAAUGCCUUAGGGAUCUGGACAGCAAGGUAUUCCGCAUUCCGUCGCAUGUACUACAGUUCCAGGACAUUCGCUUGUCUCAUCAGUACACCAGCGAGGACGAGGAGCAGCGUUUGGUUACCUUAGAAGCGCUGAAAGCGCGUUACAGGGAAAACAUGGGUAUGCAAGCACGACUUUUUCUGGAGGAGAAAAAGUAUGAGGACAUGGAAGAUAUCAUUAACGAAGAGAUGGAAUUCCAAAGCCGCAUCCAUGAGGCUCGCAACCUCUACAAUUUAUCAAAGUUACCAAAGUUUUUCUCUCAAAUUUCCGUUGAAGGGAAAGAUAUUAGGAGCAAGUCAGGCGACUUACCCCCAUUUAAUUAGUUUUAAGCCCUAUACAUUUGAUCUGAUUUG